AUGACUUUUCCCUCUCUCUUUCUUGCUUUCUUCCUCCUCACCUCUUCCUUCUCCCCGCUCGCCGCCGGCUCGUCCGCCGCAUACCCGAUCAUCCCCGGCACGGUGGACACCUCCGUCUCCGCCGCUCCAUCCGACGACCUAAUCCCUGUCCGGCGGGAGGUCUACGACGAUGGGAAGCUAUUCGACAUCACCCACAGGUACACUUCCGAUAUGCCGGUGUGGGAGAGUGACGAUGGGCUGGGUCAGUUUUUGUGGCUGCCCAAGAGUAUGAAGAAUGGGUCGCUUGCCAAUAACUCCGAGAUGAAGCUCCCUACCCAUACCGGAACUCACGUGGACGCCCCUGGCCAUGUUUUUGACCAUUACUUCGAUGCUGGUUUCGAUGUCGACACUCUCGACCUGGAAGUUCUUAAUGGUCCUGCAUUGCUUGUUGAUGUGCCGAGAGAUACCAAUCUGACUGCUGAAGCUAUGAAGUCGCUUAACAUACCCCAGGGUGUACGUCGUGUGCUGUUCAGGACGCUAAACACCGACAGGAAGCUUAUGUUCAAAAAGCAGUUUGACACGAGCUACGUUGGAUUUACCAAGGAUGGAGCUCAGUGGUUGGUGGACAACACGGACAUCAAGCUUGUUGGAGUUGAUUAUCUGUCAGUUGCUGCCUGGACUGAUUUGAUUCCUUCACAUCUAGUUUUUCUGGACAGCAGGGAAAUCAUUCUUGUGGAAGCGCUAAAGCUCGAUGGCAUAAAACCAGGGAUAUAUUCAGUACAUUGCCUACCUCUCAGAUUGAUCCGUGCUGAAGGAUCACCAAUUAGAUGCAUUCUCAUGAAAUGA